AUGACCUGUACUGUGACACUAGAGUACGCCGAGGAACUCUUCUACAUCGGCUCUGAUUCGACGCGUUUCGCCAUCAAUGGCGUGACUUGGUCUAAUAGCAACCUAACCUUGGAGGCGGGGGACGACUUCUACAUCCUGAACACCAAAGUCGACGUUAGCUCAAUAGAUAAGCAUGAACCGCUAAGUCAGAUCACGGUAGUUAAGGAUCGCAAUUCGUCCACCCUUGCCGACUUUCAGGCAAACCCAGCCAUAGGCGUGGAUGAACCUCACACGGGUGGAUUCACAUUCACGGCGGAAAAUCCUAAUCCGGUAUACACGGCGUGCCUCCGUGGUCGGUAUGUCUACAGCGUCGAGCUUGCGAUUGAUAUAUAUGUUGAAACGAGGAACGGAGGUGUCAGCUCUGAGGGUUGGAACCUGGAUUUCGAUCUUGAUUAUCAAACAUGCAAAUUUGACCCUAACGUCGCAUGGGGUCAGACGCAGAUACCGAACUGGGAGACAUGCACCUACCGAAUGGCAAAUCAGACGUCUCUGAGAUAA